AUGGAGCCUCCUGCAACUGUUGAUGUACAGGUUACCUUAGUUGAACAACUAGCAACUCAACUAAAAGUGGAUAAUCCACCAGCAAUAGAACAACUGGAGAAACCCCAAUCUCCACCAGUCAUUCAAGCUAUUCAGAAGGAACCUACUGAAAAUGUUGUCACACAGUCCUGUGAAAAGGAAACGGAAAAGAAUACAAAGAAGGCAAUCAUUAAGGUUGUAUCCUCUGAACCAACAAAGCAGAAGCAACUUGAUGAGGAUGAUGAUGAUUCUAUAAAUAUAAAUUGGUUUGGCCACUAUUUCUUGAGUGCUCAAUCUUGUUUCAUGAUGGAGGAGAGCAAAAUACAGCAAUGGGAAUAUGGGUAUGAUCACAAAGAAUCAGAUUGUUGGAAGGCCUCAUUUAUCAGUACAGUAGAUUUUAAUGAGGAUGUUCUUUUAUUGCCCCCAUGGAACAAUCUACUGUUUGAAGAAGAUAGAUCGGGAGAGGGUUUAAUGCAAAUUACAGAGAUACUACAUGAGGGUAGAGAUGAAGAUUUAGUGCCUCAUGAUGAGAUUUUCUCAGAUUUGAGUUUGAUUCCAAAUGUAAAGCCUUUGAAUGAAUCAGUUGAGUUUUCUUCCAUGGAAGGCAAUUUACUGGAUGUUUUAGAGCUCCCAGAUCAGAGUGAUGAAAUAAUGAUGGAUUCUGAUGUGUUCUGUGAAGAUAGCAGAGAUGAUUCUUGCGUAGUUGAAGAAGAUUAUAGUGUAGGAAAUACAUCAGCCUCUGUUGAGUGCUACUGGCCAGCUCAAGCUGCUGCCUUAACUCUGUACAAGAGUGAUUCAGCAGAAUACAGGGGACUAGGGCUUGUACAUCUUCUGAUUGCCUGUGCAGAAGCUAUUUCAGAUGGAGCCCAUGAUCUUGUUGAGGCUAUACUUUGCAGGUUGAAAGAAUUGGUUUCUCCAACUGGGACAACCAUGGAGAGGGUUUCAUAUUAUCUUACUCAGUCCCUUGAACAGAGGCUUUAUUGUUCAGUUGGUGGAGAUGGUAUGGAGGAGCAUAUGUUCAAGGUCUUGAAAAGUACUAAAGAUCCCAAUUAUCUGGGGGCUUUUAGAUUACUAAAUCAAGUAUAUCCUUAUAUCAGGUUUGCUCAUUUCACUGCCAACCAGAGCAUUUUGGAAGCCAUCCCUGCUCAAGCACAGGGACUGCAUAUACUUGAUUUUGACAUAAUGGAGGGCCUGCAGUGGCCUCCAUUGAUGGAAGCCUUGAAGAGUGAAAAAUACAAAAUUCGCCACCUCAAGAUUACAGCUGUCAAAUGGGAUAAUGAUGAUCAUGAUCAUGGUGGUGGUAGUGGUUUAGGACAAGUUUCAUUCUCUGGCAAAGAAACUGGAAGGAGAUUGUCUGAGUAUGCAUGCUCAUUGGGUAUUCCAUUUUCUUUCCAAGAAACCCAAUUGGAAAAUCUGGAAGACAAUUUAAGUUGCAGUGGUGAUGAAAUGGUGGCAGUGAAUUGUAUGUGGGAAUUACCACAUAUGUUGGAGCACAGUCCAAGGAAGCUAUCAGAAUUCCUUGAAGGAGCACACCACUUGAAUCCAGUUAUCUUGACCUUGGGCACAGGACCCAGUGGACUUCUAGCUCAUAAAAAGAUCAAUUUGUUAGAGCGUUUUACCCAAUGUCUGAAGAAUCUAUGUGCACUGUUUGACUCCAUGGAAGCAGGAUUGUCAGAGCAAUAUGGUUCUGCAAGAACAACAAUGGAACGCUUAUUCAUGGCUCCAAUGGCAUGCAGGCCCAUUCAUCAUUUGUCAGAGGAAGAUGGGGAAUUUAACAAAGUGGUGGAUAUCCCACUGCGAUGUGGCUUUGCUGAAGACAAUAUAAGCAACAAAAGCAAAUUGAAUGCAAAGAUUAUGGCCCAAGAAGGAGAGCGUUACAGAGUGCAAAUGGAUGACAAAAAUCAGCUACUUCUACUCUGGCAAUCUACUCCAUUAAUGUCUGUUUCCACUUGGAAACCAACAAAUUAUAUUUGCCUCGAAGAAAUCUGA